UGUUGGGGCGCGUGUCUCGGCCGGAAUGGCGGCGUUUCUUAGUUACGGAAAAAGCAAACAACCCUUGCAAAUAAGUGCUUGAGAGAGUUGAGCGUCACUUCAAUCUUUGUCCUCACUCCUCAUUCCUCAAGACGUCUCUUUUGGUUGAUGGCAGAGCUCUACAUAAUUGGCCAGAUCGUCGGUGCUAAAAAUUUCAGAAGAAAGAGCCUCUUCUGCAAAUGGGGGAUUCACACAGGUCCUGGCUGGCAGUUGAUUUCAGGACAGAAGGAAGGCCAAACUCAAGUUGAUAACCCAGGUUAUGAUGAGAUGACGUAUUGGUGUCAUCCAAUUGAUGUCCACUUUGCUACUAAAGGAAUCCCUGGCUGGCCAAAAAUAUACUUACAGAUUUUCCAUUACGACGAAUUCGGGCGGAGUGAAGUUUGUGGGUACGGGUACUCAUUCAUCCCAACGACUCCUGGCUGUCAUUCGAUUUCUUGCCCGACCUGGAAGCCUCUGGGAAAGUUGUAUGAUAAAUUUUCUGAGUUCUUCAUUGGCGGCGGCCCUCAGCUGAGAAACCCUGAUAUUAUUUUUAAUGGGUUAGACAGGUUCAGGCUAAGCACAGAACCAAUGGGUAUUGUUGACUUAGAAUUCAACUUGAUUCAGAAGAACUUCCAAAAGUAUGGAGUGGAAACUUAUUGAAUACUGAAAAACACAAUAGCUCAACUCAAAGACUGAACUUGCUAUUCGAGAUGUUUCCAAACCCGAUUAUAACCGCUAUGGUUUUCAUAGUUAUUAAGUUUGUCUGUUGUUAUAAUGUCACGACAACCGUAGAUUUAAGCAACAUAUGUGACAAUUCUACUGAAAAUUGUUUAACAACAGAAAUUAACGAAGAGACUGCAAGUGUAAAAAUGUCAACGAUGGUUAUGCUUCAAAGCACAACCGAUACACCCAAAACAACUGAAAUACCCAAGAAAGAGAAAGAAAUGCAUAAAAUGUCUUCUGAUUGUUUAUGCGAUUUAACUAGCGAAAAAUGUGAUAUAAACUGCUGUUGCGAUGUUGACUGCAGUGAGUCCGACCACACAACAUUUGCCUUUUGUUCACCUGACUCAACAUAUCCCGUGCAACACUCGGGCCUAUGCUUCUCACAUCAAUACAUAUAUAAGAACAAUAC